AAAUCAUUCCAUUAAAGCUUCUCAACGUGAAAACACAAAAAUUUUAUUUAUUUGCGCUUCGCAGUUCCUUAAACCGUAACAGAAGAAAAGUUAAUUUAAGUGUAAAUUAAGUUAAAGUGAACUUUUAGUGAAAACAUGAAAUUUUUACUUACGCUUUCGUCAUUCGUCGUGCUUGUCGUCAUGGCCCUCGCACAACCUUUUGGUGGAUUUGGAGGAUUCGGAGAUGGCUACAGUGGCUUCAGUGGUGAUUUCGGUGGACCAUCAGCUUUUGGUUCAGAACCUUUUAGUGCACCUCUUACGAGAGACAAUAGACAGAAUCGAGGUAACCAAGGUCCAGUAGUAUUUCCAAUGUCACCUUCUGAUGCACCUGUUGAGAGUUCAGGGGUCGUGAUUGGAGCAUCAGGUUUUGGCUUCGUUCCACCUGGCCCACAAAUGUUACCAUUUAAAAAAUAUGCGAGAUUCAAAGGCCCGAAAAAGUUCUUUCGAUACAUGGGAAAAAUUUUCUCAUACCAUCCAAUUUAUUACAAAAAAGAACAAAGAGACAAAUUAGUUGUAAGAUAA